ACUGAGUUCGAGAGCGAACGGAGGGUUCCCGUGCCUAGAGAGGCUUUCCGUCGUCCCUGAGCGGAGGGCUAUGUUGCCAUGGGAACCCUCGUCCGGGACCCGAGAGUGCUGCCCCGAGCUGUGGGAACAAGGCUGUUCUCCUCUAAGGUCCGGAAGUCCUCUGCGGCUCCUCCGAGCUGGGUGAAUUUGAGGUGGAUUUGGGCCGCAGAGAGCGCUUAAACUCCGGGACACCUCCUAAGUAAAAUAGAGCGCCUAAGUAAAAUAAAGAUGUAGACGAGGCGCUUCGGCUUGGCUUUGUUGUCGUCUUCAAUCCUUUCUUUAAAUUGCAUAUAGAAUGGGAUGAUGGGUAGGCGUCAGGUAAAUUGCAUGCAAACGGCUGUCUGCACUGCUGGUUGCUCGGACGUCAGAGAUUGAGACAGCCUUUUAACUCAGUAAUUGGAGCACAGGAAGAGUUUGUUUAAUGAAUGACUUAUCCAUUUAGGAUCGAGUUAGAUCCUGAGGAUAAUCCUGUGAAUUGUAUGCUGCGACGAAAACCAACGCGCCUGGAGCUAAAACUUGAUGACAUUGAAGAGUUUGAGAACAUUCGAAAGGACCUAGAGACCCGCAAGAAACAGAAGGAAGACGUGGAUGUCGUAGGAGGCAAUGAUGGAGAAGGAGCCAUUGGGCUUGGCAGUGACCCCAAGAGCCGGGAACAAAUGAUUAAUGAUCGGAUUGGUUAUAAACCCCAACCCAAACCAAACAAUCGCUCAUCUCAAUUUGGAAGUUUCGAAUUUUAAAGAUGGAUUCCCUUGCAUGACAGAGCCCUGGAAUGGAAUAAAAUGAUGGCAGACAUACAAACAAACCAGAUUUAGAGAAUUGAGUACAUGCAGUGAAGCGAUUAUUUUACUUCCUGCAGAGAAAGAUAAAUUCUGCAUGAAAUUACUGAUGUUCACCUUUCACCUUUCACACUAAGCUGGAAUCUGAACUCUGGUUUGUGUCUGGAAAACUACUCUGUAAAACAUCUGAUUUUUGUUUUUAAAAAUAAAUAUAUUUUUGGAAAA